CGUCCCCGGAGGCCACCUGCAGUCGCCCGGGGCUGGCGCCUGCGGUAGUAGAGGUGCCGCCACUCCAGCGGCUCUCCAGAGGAUGCUCGGGCAGCAUGAUCCGUGUGCGGAGCCCCCUCACUCUGUCCUGACUGAAGACUUGGGUUAGGGACGUCUGACAAGUCUGUCGCAACGUCCCAGCCCUUCAGUGCAUCAUAGCAGCAACGUAUUUUGGGGAUCUGCGGCUAUACCUGGAAACAGGGAUGGUAGGGGUGCGGGGGAAGGUUAGGUCAUGACCUCUCUCUAAAAGGCGUCGAGAUCUGUGCACGUGAGACACAAAUGACCAGUGCCAAGUUGUAUGGAAGGUAGUUUGAAUACGGAGGCAAUUGAAAAGGCUGCGAGGAUUGGUCUAGCCUCGGAGGAAGUGGGCCUCGGAGAAUAACACCGGUUAAAAAAAAUAGGUCAUGGACAAUGCACGUUUUUCUAGCUGCCUCACUUGUGGAACCAGACAUUACGACAUGGGGCUCACGAAGCAGUAUCUCCGCUAUGUUGCCAGUGCAGUCUUUGGCCUUAUUGGCAGCCAAAAAGGUAAUAUUGUCUUUGUGACGCUUCGUGGUGAAAAAGGACGCUAUGUGGCCGUACCAGCCUGCGAACAUGUGUUCAUCUGGGACUUAAGGAAAGGAGAGAAGAUCCUCAUCCUUCAGGGACUUAAACAAGAAGUCACUUGCUUGUGUCCCUCCCCAGAUGGGCUGCACUUAGCUGUUGGUUAUGAGGAUGGGUCUAUCCGAAUCUUCAGUCUCCUGAGUGGGGAAGGAAAUGUGACCUUCAAUGGACACAAGGCAGCCAUCACUUCCCUGAAGUAUGAUCAGCUAGGAGGCAGACUGGCUUCUGGGUCCAAGGACACAGAUACUAUCGUAUGGGAUGUGAUCAAUGAAAGUGGCCUCUACCGUCUGAAGGGGCACAAGGACGCCGUUACACAAGCAUUGUUUCUACGAGAAAAGAAUCUACUAGUUACUAGUGGGAAAGAUACCCUGGUGAAAUGGUGGGACCUUGACACCCAGCACUGCUUUAAAACAAUGGUUGGCCACCGAACCGAGGUGUGGGGGUUGGUUCUCGUGUCAGAAGAAAAGCGACUCAUCACUGGGUCUUCCGACAGUGAGCUGAGGGCGUGGGACAUAGCCUACCUACAGGAGAUGGAUGACCUAGAAGAACCAGAGCCCAAGAAAAGCAGAGGGUCUCCCCCUGGGAUACAGGAUACACCUGAGCCUCGGGAUGGUACCCCGGAGACAGAUGAAACUCCUGAGGACCGCAUCCUUACGUGCAGAAAAGCUGGUUCCAUCAUGCGGGAGGGCAGGGACAGAGUCGUGAACCUUGCCGUAGACAGGACGGGCAGGAUUCUAGCUUGCCACGGAACCGAUUCUGUGCUAGAAGUGUUCUGCAUCCUUUCCAAAGCGGAAGUUCAGAAGAAAAUGGAUAAGAAGAUGAAAAAAGCUAGAAAGAAAGCAAAAUUAAAUUCUUCCAAAGGGGAGGAGGAAGACCUUGAAGUCAAUGUUGAAAUGACUCUGCAAGAUGAAAUCCAACGGGUGACUAAUAUCAAAACUUCUGCCAAAAUCAAAUCUUUUGACUUGAUUCACUCGCCUCAAGGAGAGUUGAAGGCGGUCUUCCUGCUGCAGAACAACUUGGUGGAGUCCUAUUCGCUGAGCCCAUCUGCACCUGCUCCUCAGGCUGUGAGGACGAGCAGAAUCACCCUCGGGGGUCAUCGCAGCGAUGUGCGGACUCUGUCUUUCAGCUCAGACAACAUUGCUAUCCUUUCAGCAGCGGCGGAGUCUGUGAAGAUAUGGAACAGGGCCACGCUACAGUGCAUUCGCACCAUGACCUGUGAAUACGCACUUUGCUCGUUCUUCGUACCUGGUGACAGGCAGGUGGUCAUAGGAACAAAGACGGGUAAGCUGCAGCUUUAUGACCUGGCCUCAGGAAAUCUGCUGGAGACAGUAGAUGCACACGAUGGAGCUCUGUGGUCCUUGUCUCUCUCUCCAGAUCAGCGUCGCUUUGUGACAGGUGGUGCAGAUAAAUCUGUCAAGUUCUGGGAUUUUGAGUUGGUAAAAGAUGAGAAUAGUACCCAGAAGAGACUUUCUGUGAAACAAACCCGAACCUUGCAACUAGAUGAAGAUGUUCUUUGUGUCAGUUACUCUCCCAAUCAGAAGCUGUUGGCUGUCUCUUUGCUGGACUGUACUGUGAAAAUUUUCUAUGUUGACACUUUAAAGUUUUUUCUCUCACUGUAUGGACACAAACUGCCUGUUAUAUGCAUGGACAUCUCUUACGAUGGGACACUAAUAGCCACUGGCUCUGCUGACAGGAACGUGAAAAUCUGGGGUUUGGACUUCGGGGACUGCCACAAGUCUCUCUUUGCGCACGAUGACAGCGUGAUGUACCUCCAGUUCGUACCCAAGUCCCACCUCUUCUUCACCGCUGGGAAGGACCAUAAGAUUAAGCAGUGGGAUGCGGACAAAUUUGAACACAUACAGACUCUGGAGGGGCACCACCAGGAAAUCUGGUGCUUGGCUGUAAGCCCCAGUGGAGACUAUGUUGUGUCGUCGUCCCAUGACAAAUCUCUGAGACUUUGGGAGAGAACAAGGGAGCCUCUUAUUCUUGAGGAAGAAAGGGAGAUGCAAAGGGAAGCAGAAUAUGAGGAGAGCGUGGCCAAAGAAGACCAGCCAGUAGUUCCAGGAGAGACUCAAGGUGACAAUUACUUUACUGGAAAGAAAACUAUUGAAACGGUCAAAGCGGCUGAGAGGAUCAUGGAGGCUGUCGAGCUAUACCGAGAGGAAACUGCAAAAAUGAAGGAACACAAAGCCAUUUGUAAAGCUGCAGGGAAAGAGGUUCCUCUUCCCAUCAACCCCAUCCUGAUGGCCUAUGGCAACAUCUCUCCUUCAGCUUAUGUGUUGGAGAUUUUUAAAGGAAUCAAGUCGAGCGAGCUGGAAGAGUCUCUGCUUGUGCUGCCUUUCUCUUACGUCCCAGACGUCCUGAAGCUCUUUAACGAAUUCAUCCAGCUGGGCUCUGAUAUUGAACUUCUGUGCAGGUGCCUCUUCUUUCUGCUCAGGAUUCACUUUGGGCAGAUCACUAGUAACCAAAUGCUUGUGCCAGUCAUUGAAAAAUUAAAGGAAACAACUAUUUCAAAAGUCAGCCAAGUCCGGGAUGUUAUUGGCUUCAAUAUGGCAGGUCUUGAAUAUCUCAAGAGGGAAUGCGAGGCAAAAAGUGAAGUUAUGUUUUUUGCUGAUGCUACCAGCCACUUGGAAGAAAAGAAGAGGAAGAGGAAAAAGAGGGAGAAGCUAAUUUUAACAUAUACUUAAAAUUGAAAUGCGAGACCGUCAAGUGCACAAUUGAUUGCCCUCUCCCCAUAAGUGCAGAGUCAUGGACUUAGCUGAAAAGGACCAUAAAAAUGAUCUAAAACAGCCUCCUUAAGCUCAACCUCUUGCAGGAGGUUAUAACUGUAUGUAAAAAUAUCUAAUUGCUAAUCUUUUCUACUUGUUUCUAAUUAAAGUGUAGUUAAGCUGA